ACAAUUUUGGUGACAUAAAUGCUUAGCCCUCAGACUUGAAAGCUUUGUUCAGAAGAUAUGGACACAGGGUAUGGUCUCAAGUUCCGAAAGAUUCCAAUUUAAAGCAGGAGUUCGGUUAGUUCCCAUGAUGAACAUUAGUAGUUUGAGGUGUAUGGAUCAUUCUUCCUCAGGAUUUCCUUUCAACUAGCACUAUGAAAAAGAGGGGCCCAUCUGUUUUCCGUUUCUUUCUUUUUUAUUCUCAACGAGAACAGGAGAGAAAUAUGCACACCUUCUUAGUCUUAUGAACAUGUUGAACUAGAAACAAACAUACCAGAAUCCAAAGCAAGAGUAGGUGUUAUAUGUGUGUGUGUGUGUGUAUAUAUAUAUAAAUCAAAGCUACCAUCAUCUUUUGACUAAGUUUGGGUUCUGUAAAAUUUCUGGGAAUUCAUCAUUUUUCUACUAUAUGAAGCAUGAUAAAUAGGCAAAUGAAGAAUUACCUUGAUCGGAAAAGCAGGCAUGAGUGAGUCCCAGAGAGCUUUCCUCUUCUUUCUUCAUAUUUUUCUGCUACCUUUGUUCCCUUUAAAAGCAGCAUCCUCGGCAAGAGCAGAAGCAGAGGCACUUGUCAGGUGGAAGACCACCUUAUCACCAUCUCCUUCUCUCAAUUCAUGGUCCCUCAGCAACCUCAGAAACCUUUGCAGAUGGACCGGCAUCCAAUGCAAUAAUGGAACCUCUGUUUCUGAAGUUAACUUAUCAGGUGCAAAUCUGGCUGGCAGUUUAAACCAGCUUGAUUUCACCUCAUUGCCAAAUCUUACAAGCUUCAAUCUCAAUGGAAAUAAUUUCAACGGGUCAAUUCCAGCUGGUAUUGGCAGGUUCUCCAGGCUCACUUUCUUGGACCUGAGCAACAAUUUGCUGGACGAUCUCAUCCCACCAGAGAUUGGUAACCUGACAGAGAUUCAGUACAUUAGUUUCUACAACAACAAUCUCAUUGGUGAAGUUCCUUAUCAAAUUAGCAAUCUUCAAAAGGUACAGUACUUGGAUUUCGGUUCCAAUCUCCUGACAACUCCUGAUUGGUCUAGAUUUCCGGGCUUCCCUCUGUUGAGACGCCUCAGCUUUUAUUACAAUGAACUCACUUUGGGAUUUCCAGGUUUUAUAACCAGUUGUCCGAACCUUACUUAUCUUGAUUUGUCACAAAACCACCUGACAGGUCAGAUUCCUGAAUCUGUUUUCAACAAUCUUCUCAAGCUUGAAUAUCUAAACCUCUCUGCGAAUUCAUUUGAAGGGCCUUUGUCUGUGAAUCUUACCAAGCUAUCAAGGUUGAAAGAUCUUCGGUUACCAAACAACUUAUUCUCUGGCUACAUUCCUGAUUCUAUCGGCCUGAUAUCUAACCUGGAAAUUCUUGAACUGUUUAACAAUUCAUUCCAAGGAGAUAUUCCAGCUUCCUUAGGUCAACUCAAGAAUCUUCAGUGGCUGGAUCUCCGGAUGAAUGACCUGAAUUCCACAAUUCCCCCUGAGCUUGGCCUGUGCAUUAACCUGACCUACUUAGCUUUAGCCCAGAAUUCACUAACUGGACCUUUGCCUUUAUCCUUGUCAAAUUUGAUCAACUUGUCGGAGUUGGGACUGUCAGAUAAUAGUCUUUCUGGUGAUAUCUCACCAUUUUUUAUCAGCAAUUGGACCAAGUUAACAUCGUUGCAGCUGCAAAACAAUCGUUUCACUGGAGAAGUUCCACCUGAAAUAGGCCUGCUGACCGACCUCAGGUAUCUGUUUCUGUAUAAUAAUACGUUUUCCGGUUCCAUCCCACCAGAGAUAGGAAACCUAGAAAACUUAUUGAACCUAGACUUUUCAACCAACCGAUUUUCAGGUGCAAUACCUCUGACAAUCAUGAACCUAAGAAAUCUUUCAAUCCUUAACCUCUUCUCUAACAAUCUUACUGGAACAAUUCCAGCCAUGAUCGGAGAUUUGACGUCACUACAGGUUCUUGAUAUCAACACUAACCAAUUAAGUGGGGUGCUGCCAGAGUCCAUCUCUAACCUCAGUAGUCUGGCAACCCUGUCUGUGUUUACUAAUAAUCUUUCAGGCAUCAUCCCUCAGGAGUUGGGAAGAAAUAGCCCCCAGUUAGCCAUUGUCAGCUUUUCCAAUAACAGCUUCUCCGGGGAACUGCCCCCUGGAUUAUGCAGUGGCUUUAGCUUAGAUCAGUUUACAGUGAACAACAACAGGUUUUCAGGGCCUUUGCCAGAUUGCUUGAAGAACUGCUCGAGCUUAAACAGAGUGCGGCUGGAAGACAACCAAUUUUCUGGAAAUAUUUCCGAGGCAUUUGGGAUUCAUCCAAAACUUGAAUUCCUCUCUCUCAGUAGAAAUCAGUUUACGGGCCAACUUACACCGAAGUGGGGACAAUAUGAACAACUCACCAAUCUUCAGAUCGAUCACAAUAGAAUAUCUGGAAUGAUCCCUGCUGAGCUAGGGAAUCUGACAGAGCUGCGUGUUCUUGCCUUGGAUUCAAAUGAAUUAACAGGUGAAGUUCCCAUUGAACUGGGAAAUCUGGACCAACUGUUGAAUCUCAAUCUAAGCAACAAUCAGUUGACUGGAGAAAUUUCCCAAACCAUUGGCCAAUUGACAAGGCUCCAAUAUCUUGAUUUGUCAGGAAAUAAAUUCACAGGAAAUAUUCCAGCAGCCCUUGAGAAUUGUGAAAGCUUGCAAAGCUUGAACUUGAGGAAUAACUUCUUAUCAGGGAACAUCCCUACUGAACUUGGAAACUUGAUGAGGUUGCAGUACUUGUUCGACCUUAGUAACAAUUCAUUUUCGGGGAGGAUUCCACCAUCACUAGGGAAGCUUACCUCUUUGGAAAUUCUGAACCUGUCGCACAACAAUCUUUCAGGCAGAAUUCCUGCAGAAUUAUCUGGAAUGAUUAGUCUGAGAAAUUUUGAUUUCUCCUACAACAGGUUGUCUGGUCCAAUCCCAUCUGGUAAUAUAUUCAGCAAUGCACCAGCAGAAUCAUUCAGUGAAAACUCUGGUUUAUGUGGAGCUGCAGCAGGAUUAUCUCCUUGUGAAGCAACCUCUUCAACUCCCAAGUCAAAAAAUAAGGGGACAAAGAUUGUUAUUAGCAUCAUUCUUCCUGUUGUCAGCCUCAUAGUUCUGGCAACCAUUAUUGCUGGAUUUCUCAUUCAUCAGAGGAGAACCAAGAAAUAUGAUGAAGAAGCCAAGAGUACAACCAAAAUUCAGGAUUCUGAAUCACUCAUUUGGGAAAGAGAAGGGAAAGUUAUGUUCCGGGAUAUUGUCCAAGCAACUGAAGAUUUUAGUGAGAAAUACUGCAUUGGACGAGGAGGAUUUGGAAGUGUUUACAGGGCUGAUUUGCCAACAGGACAUAUUGUAGCAGUCAAAAGGCUCAACAUAUCAGAUUCAAGUGAUAUACCACUGGCAAAUCGUCAUAGUUUUGAGAACGAAAUUCGGACUCUGACGGAAGUGCGGCAUAGAAACAUAAUCAAGCUCUUUGGAUACUGCUCCAGGAAAGGGUUGAUGUACUUGGUCUAUGAGUAUGUUGAGAGGGGUAGCUUGGGAAAAGUCUUGUAUGAUGAUGAGGAGGCCUUUGAGCUGAACUGGGCAAGAAGGGUGAAUAUUGUCCGAGGAUUGGCUCAUGCACUUGCUUAUCUCCAUCAUGACUGCUCCCCAGCUAUUGUGCACCGUGAUGUAUCAAUAAACAAUAUUCUACUGGAGUCCGAGUUCGAGCCACGUCUCUCGGAUUUUGGCACAGCAAAACUACUGACUUCUGAUGCAUCAAUUUGGACAACAGUUGCAGGCUCUUAUGGUUACAUGGCACCAGAGCUAGCACUCACCAUGAAGGUGACAGUGAAAUCUGAUGUUUACAGCUUUGGAGUGGUGGCCUUGGAAGUUAUGAUGGGAAAGCACCCAGGGGAGCUCAUAUCUUCACUAUCAGCAAAAGCAGCACUGCAAAGUGAUUCGGAUGUGCUCGUGAAGGAUCUGCUCGAUCAACGGCUUCCGCCUCCCACCGGCCAAAUAGCAGAGGAAGUGGUGUUCGUAGUCACCAUGGCAUUAUCAUGCACACGGGCUACACCAGAAUCACGGCCUAACAUGCGGUUUGUUGCACAAGAGUUAUCAGCUUAUACUCAGCCUUACCUGCCAGAGCCACUGGGAACAAUAAAAAUAAGCAAACUAACAAAUUUCUCAAAGUAGGAUUCGGUGAUUUGCGUGAGUUUGUAAUAAUCUACACUUGCAUUGUACAGCACACAAUAAUUAAGUGGAGAUUAUGUAAUCAUUAGGUAA